AUGAACCAGAGGGUAAGUGAGAGGUGGUGCUAUCCUCACAAUGUAGCCAUUAGUGGAGGGGUGAGUCUCGGCUUCGUGCGUCGCUGCGCACGUUACCGCCUACAGUUGGCGUUGGGCUGCCGAACGGGCAAGACCUCUGAACCGGUACUGGACCACGUGACACGUCGAACUUCACGAAACUUUUUAGCGGCACUUAUGCCGCUUUUACACCGGGAUAACAGUCGCGGUGGCGGCGGUUCGCGUGAGAACCGUCGCUCGCUAGCAGAGUUUUUGGGUCUUGAUACUACUCAGCUUGCUGAAGCUGCGGCCCCGAAAACUACGAGAGAUAACGAGGGUGGGGAAAAUGAGUGGCGAUGGGAGACUCCUAGCAGUCCAGAAGCAGGGCAAACUCCGCGCUCGCUGGUCCCAUCUACGUGCUUCCCACCGCGACAUCCCACUGCUUACGCGAGUUACAGCGAGAGCGCGAGACCGGGCGGCUGGGACAACCCCGGCCAAGGGAUAACCGACCUUGUAGCAUCUUUAAAGGCCCUGGCGAUGCCUCCGGCGGCGAGCGCGCGCACUAACAACGCCUACCAGACUCGGCUUAGUUGCGAUGCACUAGAAUCUACGGACACUCCCUGGCCGCCCGAAGGCGCCCGCGCACACAAUCGCGAGGAGAACCGUGUUUUGCCACGCCGUGCUUCAUUUUGUGGCGUGGUGCCGUCCCGCGACGCGGCGCACUGGUCGGGCACGCUGCCGGCGCGCUGCCUCGACCCCGCCGGCAGCUUCUCGCCCAAGGUGUUCCUGGGCGGCCUGCCCUAUGACAUCGGCGAGCAGGCGCUCAUGCACGCGCUGCGGCACUUCCAGCCCGUACGGUAUGCCUCUGUUACAUCGUUACAUCACCUGAUAGUUUUGCUGGUACCUGGUAUCCAUAACACAAGCCUCGUAGCUUACCAUGGAAGUGUCGGCAGCGUGGAGUGGCCGCGGCGGCGCGGGGGCGGCGCGGGCGCGGAGGGCGCGCGCGGCUGCGCGUACGUGACGCUGGAGAGCGAGCGCCGCGUGCGCGCGCUGCUGGCGGCCGCGCGCCGCGACGGCGCCGACUGGUACUACCGCGUCGCCUCGCGCAACAUGCGCACCAAGGAGGUGCAAGUGAUCCCGUGGGCGGUGGCGGACUCCAACUGGGUGGGCGCGGGCGCGGGCGCGGGCGCGGGCGGGUCGGUGCGGCUGGAGCCGGCGCGCACGGUGUUCGUGGGCGCGCUGCACGGCAUGCUGUCCGCCUCCGCGCUCGCCACCAUCAUGAACGACCUAUUCGACGGCGUGGUCUAUGCGGGUAUAGACACUGACAAAAACAAAUACCCGAUCGGAUCCGGGCGCGUCACCUUCAACAACGUGCGCUCGUACGUGCGCGCCAUCUCCGCCGCCUACGUGCAAGUAGACCCAUAUUUGGAAGACUCUAUGUGCUCUGUGUGCAACUUGCAACAAGGACCUUACUUUUGUCGCGAACCAGUUUGCUUUAGAUACUUCUGCCGGUCGUGCUGGGCGUGGCAGCACGCGGGCGAGCGCGACGCGCACAAGCCGCUCAUGCGCAACUCCAAGGCGCUGCCCGCCGCCGCCGCGCCCGCCGCCAGCGACGGUGAGACCUGCACGCUUUCA